AUGACAGAAUCUAUAAGAAGGUCAGUGAUGUAUAUGAAGUCAUCAAAAGAAAUCUGGUUAAGUCUUAAGCACAGAUUUACUGUGAGUAAUGGCAGUAGGAAGUAUAGACUAAACAAACAAACCUAUGAGGUGAAACAAAAUGAAAGACCUGUGUCUGAGUAUUAUACAGAACUAAGGGUUCUCUGGGAGGAGAUAGAGUCAAUGAAUGACUAUCCUUCUAUCACAAGUGUGAACACUGAAGUUACAACUUAUGUUGAAGCUAUAAAUCAACAAAAGGAAGAAUCGAAACUUUUUCAGUUUCUAAAUGGUCUUGACCUUUCAUAUGGGUCCCUGAGAAGUCAUAUCUUGUUGAUGCACACCUUACCUACUGUAGAGGGAGCUGUGUCCAUGGUUCAACAAGAGGAGUCACAAAAUGAAGUGAUAGGAAAAGAGAAAGAAGAAAGUGGAGGCAUAGCUCUUUACAGCAAAAAUGACAACAAGCCAUAUUGCACUGUUUGCAAGAAGAAUAAUCAUACAGCUGAGAAGUGCUGGUUCAAAAUUGGUUUUCCUGCUAACAACAAUAAAUAUAAGCAAGGAACCAAGAAUAUGGACAGCACACAGGAGAAUAGAGGUGGAUAUGGCAAAGGGAAAGGUCAGGCUCACACUGGAGGCCAGAAUUACAAGAAGAAAAGUGGGUAUAAUGUUCAACUGAGUGAUGGAAGCACUGAGCUUGCAACUGCAAUUGCUCAACAGCUUCAGGAGAUGAUGAAAUUGGGACCUAGCUCUAGUAACCUGGCAACCAAAUAG